CCCGGCUAUCCCACACAUAUAGUGAACCACGAUGCAGUGACGAAGAUUUCGAUCGUUUAAACCUUGUUACUGUUUCCUAAUAUGGAAAUAGUCGGUGGAGACUUUUCCGAUAUCUUUCACGUGACUUUUUAUAAUCAGUACUCUGCAACUGUGGUUUCGCCCGAAACUUCCGGUGCAUGACCACUUAACUCGCAUCACUCAGCAUGAUUACCUCAAUUUCCUUCUCUACAUAUGUGCCGAUAUUGUUGAUUGCUGCAAACACUGUGAAUCAGCGACAUUAGGCUACUAAAAAAGUAUUUGAUAAAAGCCACAGAAAACGCUAAUUUCUCAGAGAGACUCGUUGAUACACGAUGGAGAGCUUUAUAAUUUUGUUCCUAUCCGUGCUGAGUGCAUUAACAUUUACAAAGGGUAAGUUGAAAUAAUUAAGUAAUGUAUUCACCUAAAAACUAGGCAAGCAGAUUGCAAAAUUGAUAACAGUUUACGUUCGAUUUUCUCGGUUCUUGAUAUUCGGGUAAAUAUUGAAAAUAAUAAUUUAUAAUGAGCCGAAAGGUAGAUGUAUAUCAUGCAUGGAAAGAUAUCUGGGAUGACAACAAAGGGGAAGAAGAGAACAAGUACCAACACGCAAAUCACAAUGACAAAUAAUAAAUAAAUUGAAUAAUCAUCUAUAGUUUUAUUGUGUGCUGAACGUUUUGCCGUUUGACUGACCAUUUGCCAGUUAGAUUAACUAAACAACCAAGGUUUGUUGUUCUAUAUUUGUUCACAAGCUUGUCUAAUUGUGUAAUGCUCUUUUAUUUCUAAGUGGACGCCGCUCUUCCAUUUAAAGAACAGUGUGUUAAGUGGCACAACGAAUUCCGCGCUAAACACCAGGUAAUCAAGAGAAUAUAUUUAGAAAAACCAUUGUUUUCGCUGAAAAGUUUUUGAAUGAAGGUGUAGUUUGAAUCAUGGUCAACCAGAUAAUGUCAUUCUAAGUGAGCCACUUGCUCGUUUUCACUUUAAUUUUCUAGCCUGUUCGAGGAGUUCAGACAGUCUAUUCUUCGCCAACUCUCUACGCACUAGUAAUCAUAUGGAAAAGGUUGUCAGUCGAAGUGUCGAGAAAAUUCUUAGCCAACCACGAUCAAAUCUCAAACUUUUGUUCUAGGUUGGUCAAGUCACGUGGAAUGAUGACCUUGCCAAAGGCGCGGAAGAUUGGGCCAAGUACUUAGCAGCUAACAAUUUGUUUCAACAUGCACCGAAUCUUAACGUGGGAGAAAAUCUCUACUGGUCUUCACACAAACCAGAAGAGCCUUGCACCAAGGCUACGAAAGCUUUCUACGGAGAAGUUAAAUAUUAUGACUAUGAUAAGCCGGGAUUUUCUCUCAAAACGGGACAUUUUACCCAGGUAAGCUUUUGAGACCCGAUUAUAGGUCAGUGUCGUCUUUUGUUUUACGUAUAUAUUCAUGUGAUAUAUGGGACUUACGGGCACUGACUUGUAAACCCGGCUUAUAAUGUCACGGCUCAAUAAAGAUCUUCAACCAAGUGUACGGGUAAGGUAUUAAAAUUUGAUUUCAAUAUUAUUUUUGACAAAAUCGAAAAGUGAGGUUACAAAAACACAGUGCAUAAAAUAUACACAUGGCUAUUAUGAUAAACUUUCAAUUUUUGACCAAACGGGGUUCAGAGGGAUUAACCUUUUGGCUCUGUACAUACGUAUAAAAUUGUUCUUAGUUUAUUUCGUGUGCCGGUGAUUUUUUUAAUUUUCACAGUUCUAUCAGUUUAUUUUUGCCAUUCUGUUAUAACGAUAACAAGUGAAGCAAGCUCUCCGGAGCGCUCUGGCGGUGGGGCGGGAAAAGGAAGCUAGCUUGCAACUACGUCUCUGUAAUUUGAAUUCCACCUCCAGUUCCCCUGUGUCUUCUUAUCGACUGAGCUGUCUUAGUUCCUCCAAAUCAGAGCGAAGAGGAAACGAGCGCGAACGUAACUUACGUUACGUUAACGUUACGUUUGACUAACAUUAAAAAACAGCUGCCAAGGAUAAUAACGUCAUUACUAGUGUCAUCUCAGCCAAGCGGCAUUUUGCAUCGACUUUUUCGAUGCAGAUGUUCAAAUUCCAGAGCUAACGAGACCUAGUUGCAAGCAAUCUUUCCCGUCCCGCCGCCAGAGCCUCCCGGAGAGAUUGCCCUCAGGUAGCCUGCAUAGCAGGCGCUAGGAAAUACGCAGGCUAGCCCUCAGGCUAAGUGAGACGGAGAGAUCUAUCAAAUCAUAAAACAUCAUUAUGCACAUGUACUAUUCGUGAUGUCAUGAUGAGUUCUCAAGAGGAGUCAAGCCCAUGGAAGCCCGCCCACAUUUCCGGCUUAGUUUAAGCUCUGAUCACUUGAUCACUUCUGAUUUCGCAAAACAAUCCACUUUAAAGGGGUUAUGUCACGAGGAUAUUGCUGUUUUAGGUCAUUACUUAGUGCCAUAAUACCCAUAAACAAAAUGCUCCUGUAGAGUUAUGAAGUAGAUAUCAAACAAAAGUUACCAGGAGCAUUAACAAUAACAAUUAUGGUUAAUAAAUUAAUAUAAAUUAAAUUAAUAUAAAUUAAUUAAAGUUAAUUAAGUUUCAAUCCAUGUGCAUCCUUGUCAUCUGUAGUAAGAGACGACAGGAAACAGUUUCAAUGCCUAGAUAUCGUCUGAAAUAACAACUCUGGACCAUUAUUUUUGGACUGUUUGGAAGUCAACUGCAGAUGCGUAGACACCUCUCAGCUUAUCAAAAGGAUAGCAAAUGGCGCGCCUUAACCUAUCUUAAAAGAGCAAGCAAAAACUGAAUUCUAAAAUUCUAAAAAGUAAGUUGUGAAAUGAAAUGAAAUGAACAGAAGCUUCUGUUCUAACGCUUUUACUGAAGGACAAGCCCACGUGUCUUUCCAUCACUCGACUGUGUAAACAACGCAAAAGUUUUGCAAAACCAUUUUUGCUCAAAAUACGAAAUAACAAAGGUUCAAAUAUUGCCUCUAAUACGAAAAGGUGCCCAAGGGUGUUCGAAACGCACGCAAAUUAAUGCUCCAAAGUCGAAAAAGUGCUCAAACGUUGCCACGCGCAAAGGGGAAAGGCCUAUUUUGAUUACAAAACUACUCAUUCAUAAUUCUUUACUUAAUAAUUCUAUUGUAGAUUGUGUGGAAAAACACAAAACAGAUAGGAGCGGCACAAGCAACACGAAGAGAUGGAUCUUUUGUAUUAGUUAUCCGCUACUCCCCCCCUGGAAACUUCGUCGGCGAGAAGACAUUCAGGGCUAAUGUUCUUCCAGUCAGGGAGGGUAAUCCCACUAGUUCUCCUGGUUCUACUGGUGCUCCUCCUACUGCUCGUGGGGGAGGUCUUUGUAGCAAGAAUUUUCACCUUGGUCUCAAAGCUCUGGUGGGUAUUACUUUGGCAGCCAUGGCGUUAUGGAUUUGAUUUUAGCGAGUUGGAGAAAGAGGAUGAUAAAAGCUCCAAGCUAACUGAGCCCAUGCUUGUGAUGAAGAGGAAUA